AUGUAUGGCAAUAAAUUGUUGACUUCUGACGUAUGGCAAAUAUUUCGUGAAAUUUUUGAAGAAAGCGGAUUUGAAGUGUAUGAAAGUCAAGAGUCGUUUAUAGAAUAUGUUCAAACAGAGCAACAGAAAAGAGCUGAAGAUCGAAGAAUUGCUGUGGGUGAAUUAACUGAAAGAAUGUGUGACAGGUAUUGGCAUGUUAAAGAAACAGGCGAUGCCGAGAGGACACAAUCUUUCAUUUCUAUAUUAGAAGCUACUGUAAAUCCGAUUAUCUCACGUUUUGAUGAUAAUUCAAAUGAAAAAACGUAG